UAUGGCAUUAUUAAGUGGAUUUUAAUGGACAUGGGGUCAGGACAACUUUGGGUAGAAAAUUAAAGAUGAAAAAGGAGGGGGGGUUGGCGGUGGGAGCGUGGGCGCGUGGGCAUGGAAAAUUUUGUAGAAAAGGGGUUCGGAUUCUAACAAACGUAUGUAAAGCACAGUAGUUUGUGAUGUAAGCAACCACACCCUCUACCCCUCCUCCCUCCCCACCACAUUUUUAUUUUAUAAAUCUCUCUCUUUAUCUCUCUCUCUCUCCAUUUCCUAAACCCAACCUCCAACCUCUCACACCUCCCCAACUUGCCACCGUUGACAUCCCCAAUUUCCCACAACACAACCCUCAUCUCUCUCUUCAGACUACGGCGAUGCAAGGCCUACGACGUUGCUCCAACGACGUCGUCCAUGUAGACCUGCCUCCGGCCCCGGCUGCCACCACCACCGCUUCGUCCCUAUCCAUCGACGUGGCUGAAUCGGCCGAGACGCGAAUCCGGCGACUGAUAUCGGAGCAUCCGGUGAUCAUCUUCAGCCGAAACUCUUGCUGCAUGUGCCACGUCAUGAAGAAGCUCCUGGCAACCAUCGGGGUCCACCCAACCGUCAUCGAAUUAGACGACCACGAGAUCGCCGCUCUCCCUUCCUGCUCCCCAGCGCACGAUAAUAGCGACCACCCUCGGCAUAGUGCGCCGGCCGUUUUCAUUGGCGGUUCCUGCGUCGGUGGCUUGGAGUCCCUCGUCGCUCUCCAUCUUAGCGGCCACCUCGUCCCCAAGCUCGUUGAAGUUGGUGCUCUUUGGGUAUGAAUUGAAUGUUAGUUUUCUCAAGCAUAUAAAUUAUAUAUAGAUAUAUAUUGUUAUUUUUGGCCUUAAUUUGGGUUAGUAAUAUAGUUACUAAAAAACCAAAGGAAAAAGAAAAAAGAAAUAACCCCCUGUGUUUGGCUCUCUAUGUUUGGCUUUGUUUGGUGGUCAAAUACUGAAUACCUGGAGAUUGCGAUGAAAAAAAAAAAAAAAAAAUUCUGGUGAGUGUGUUAUAAGAAGAUAUGAUGAUAGCGUACUGGAUAGUCGCUUUUGUAGAUGGAACACGUGCGUGCUCGGAAUACGUAGCUUGGGAUCGACGUUAAUCAUCGAUGAUGAGCCUGAACCUGAUCUAGUUUGCAAGGUCAAGUUAUGUGGGUCCCAUCGUGGUGGGACCUUUUUGCAAUUAUUGGGUAAUCAGAGCCGUUCAACAUACGGACUUGCUUUGCUUUGUAGCUCUUAGUUCUAGACUCUCUCUCUCUUUGGCCAUGGAAAUCGAAUUGAAUAUAUUUGUAGUUUUUUAUUUAUUAUUAUUAUUAUUAUUUGUAAAAUUGAUUCGGUUUUAUUUUAUUUUAUUGUUUUUCUUGCU